GCUGAUGGAAGAUCAACUGACUCUUAGAGGACUGGCCAGCCUGGGUUGUUGUAGGGUUGCUACAGUAACCAGAUUUCUCUGUGAAUAAGGAGCUAACUUUGCAGGCUCUUUUGCAACAAUCCCUUUCUGCUGACGGGGGUAUUGAGAGCAGCUGUCUCACCAUACAGUUUCUGUUGGUAAGAUCGGUUGAUGCAUCGGGACCACACAGUUAUACAAGGACCUGAAGCCUAGAAACAAGCUGCCAACGCGCACACUGAAAAAGAAGCAGCAUGGGCUGUGGCAGAAACUGUGGGCUACUCACGGGGGCUAUCAUUGGUGGAGUACUGGCUGUGUUUGGAGGUGCCCUCAUACCAGUUGGAGAUUACCUUGUUAACAGGACAAUAAGAAAGGAAGAUGUCAUCGAAAAUGGUACAAUAGCUUAUGAAAACUGGGUUGUGCCAGGGAGUCCUGUUUACAGGCAGUUUUGGUUCUAUGAUGUGCAAAAUCCACAGGAAGUGAUGAAUGGAUCACGGCCAAUACUCAAACAAAUUGGACCUUACACAUACAGGAUGCGAUAUUUACCCAAAGAAAAUAUCACUCAACAUCCUGACUACACCGUGUCCUAUAUGCUGCCAAAUGUUGCUCGUUUCGAGCCUGAUAUGUCAGUUGGGUCCGAAAAUGACACCUUUACCUGCAUCAAUCUCGCUGUUGUUGCCGCACCUGCCAUGUAUCAAAACUCUUUUGUACAGAUAUUGCUAAAUACAUGGAUCAAGUCAUCUAAAUCGCUCAUGCUACAAACCAGAAGUGUGAAAGAAAUUCUUUGGGGCUAUGAAGACCCAUUCUUAAAGAAAGUACUAUUUCCUGUGGAUCGAACAAUUGGUGUCUUCUACCCUUAUAAUGGCACAUCUGACGGACUGUACAGAGUCUUUAAUGGGAAAGAUGACAUAAGCAAAACUGCAAUAAUUCAAUCCUAUAAAAACAAAAGCACUCUUUCCAUGUGGGCUGGCCAGUGUGACAUGGUCAAUGGAACAGAUGGUGCAUCAUUUCCUCCUUUCGUAAAGAAGGACCAGAUCCUGCGCUUCUUUUCCUCCGAUAUUUGCAGAUCUAUCUAUGGCAUAUUUGACAGUGAGCAGAUUGUGAAGGAAAUCCCCCUGUAUCGUUUUUCAGUUCCUCGUGCAGCAUUUGCAUCUCCUCUUGAAACUCCAGAAAAUAAAUGCUUCUGCACAGAAACUGUUCUGUCAAAGAAUUGCACAGCAUCUGGAGCCCUGGACAUUAGCGCCUGCAAAGAAGGAAAACCAGUGUAUAUUACACUUCCCCAUUUUCUGUAUGCAAGUGAAGAUGUGUCCGAGAAUAUUGAAGGAUUGAGUGCAAAUAAGGAUGAACACGAGACCUUUUUAGAUGUAGAGCCUACCACUGGGUUUACAUUACGAUUUGCCAAAAAGCUGCAAAUAAACUUACUGGUGAAGCCUGCACCAAAGAUCGAUGCUUUAUCAAAACUUACAAAAUCCUAUAUCUUUCCUGUUCUUUGGCUGAACGAGACAGCGAUCAUUGAUGAUGAGAAAGCAGCAAUGUUCAGAUCAAAAGUGAUCUCUCCAAUCAAGCUGUUGCACUUGCUGCAGGUGGUGCUGAUCAUAGUCGGCAUCAUGAUGAUCCUUGUGUUCAUAGUCUCAUAUUUGAUAUGCAGAUCGAAUAAAUUAAGUAACAAAAGAGAUUACAUGUAGGCAAUAGUUACUUCGAAUUUCAAACAAGGAGUUUGUCAAAUUCAGUGGCAAAAGAAUCUGGUCUUACGAUAUCGUAUAUACACAUAAACAGGCUAUGGAAUGAAUGUGCCUUUCCUUUCUGUGAAGAACGUACAGAAUCCAGCUUCUCAACCAGCAACGCCUGAUCUUUCAAAAAGCGCAUUUUUACAACCUCAUUGAAGAGGCCACAACAAUAUCAUAUUCUGAAACCACUAUCAUGGUACAAACCUCUAAUACAAAUAGCAUAUUAGCAGGUGAAAACUGAAAUCCAAUUUGGAAUCCAAUCCACUUUCUGCCAUUUAUAGAACUUGCUUGUUCGCGUCUCUUGGGACUGUGAGAAUAGGAGUAAAAGCCAGUUGCUGAUGUUCUGGUUCUAAGUAUGUGGGAUGGUGACCUCAUCAAGCUCAUGCAGUGCCCUAGAAGUUAUUUUUCCCCAUUCCUUCAAGCAAUGGAAGUUGCUGCAGUAGAACUGCUCUCCUGUCUUCAGAGAUGUGAAUUUUAAUGACUAUAAAGUUUAUUAUGUAAAGUGUUAACCAUAAUAUCUGAAUGUCAAUAAAGGGUUUCUGAAAAGCUUUAUUUUAAACUAUGCAUGUACAGACAUGAACAAAAUACAUGCAUGAAUGCUAACAGUGGCUGAUCCAUAGCCACAAACUGCUUCCUUUCUAAACAUUUGUGCAGCAGUCUCAUCCCUGUCCUUGGUCCGCUGUGCUCUCCUUCACUCUUUUCACCUUAACUGCUGCUUCUCUUUCUGGCACUUCCUUGGCCAAUAGCUUGGCCCCUACCAAAUUCAUGGCUGUGAAAAAUCACCCUAUACUAUACAGAUUUCACGGGGGAGAUCAGCAUUUCUCAAACAGGGGGUCCCAACCCAAAAGGGGGUUGCGGGGUGGGCAGGGGUCUCAAGGUUAUUGUAGGAAGUUUGUGGUAUUGCCACCCUUACUUCUGUGCUGCCUUCAGAGUUGGGUGGCCGGAGAGUGGUGGCUGCUAGCUGGGCACCCAGCUCUGAAGGCAGUGCCGCCGUCAGCAGCAGCGCAGAAGUAAGGGUGGCAGUACCACGACACUCCUACAAUAACCUUGCAACCCCACUGCAGCCCCUUUUUGGGACAAGACUCCUACAGUUUCAACAAGGUGAAAUUUCAGAUUUAAAUAUCUAAAAUCAAGAAAUUUAUUAUUUUUUAAAUCCUAUGACUGGGAAAUUGACCAAAAUGGACCAUGAAUUUGGUAGGGCCCUACCGAUAGCAUUUCCCCCUACAAAAUAAAUUCUACUUCUCUCAGUCUCUUCUGUCAAGUUCUGCUUUCAUGUCCUCUACCACCAGCUUAAUACUUAGGGGAUAAAGGGACUCUUGCUUCUUCUCAAAUUUCCCCCAAAAAAGAGCAGCAGAUUCCAGGCCUGCUUCAUCUCCCCCACAGGCAGGAGCGGAUUCUAGAGAAGACUGGCAGACCCGCUAGCAUUACCAUGAUCCAUUGGCUUUGGUAGAGUAUCAGGCAGUCCCACUCUCCAGAUGUAGAAAGGAAGGAGGUGUCCACAAGCACAUUCCCUUUCAGCUUGUAUAUGCACAAACUGCUGUUUAACAGGAAAAUUCAACCUAGGUGCUGAUCCUGUAGUCACUGAAGUCAAGGCAGGCUGUUGGAUUGUCUUCAGUGGAUGUGGAUCAGGUGUCUGGCGAGCUCCCUACAACUCACUGUGACAUCAACAGGUCAAAUCCUGAGAGGCACUGAGCACUUGGAAUUUUCAUUCCCUCACUGGAUUCAAUGAGAGCUGCGUGAGUGCUCAGCAUUUCUCAGGACUUGGCUGAUUUGUCCUCCAAGGUGAACUGCAAAGGAAAAAUAAAUCCUGAGGACAUAUUCACAGAAAUACAGCCUAAAAUGUUUAACAGCGUGGCCUGGCAUGCUGAAACAUUGCUCACAACUGGUGGUGGGAAGGGAAAGAAAUUGAUUGAAAUGCUAUUCUAUGUUUGCAGAACAUUGUGCUUGGAUUAAAACAUUUAGCUCCCACUGAAGUCAGCAAAAACUGACCAGGUACAUUGAAGGGUACAAGCUGACCCUUUGUACCAUGACCCUUUGUAACAGGUGUGCAAUAAGCUGUCAAUUCUAACUUUACUUUAGCAUUUGUCCAAAACUGCAGUAAGAGCUGUAUACAUACAAUACUAUUCUUCUUUCCUUUGAGUUUAGCAUAUGUUGAUAUUGAUAUAUAAUAUAUUAAACACUUGGAGGUCUUUUUUUGUCAGUAUCCCAGAGUCAGAGCCAUGUGGCUAGAUAAAAACAAGCCCACUAAUGAAAUACCGAGAAAAGCACUCCGUGUGCAUUGGUAACUACAGUAAACAUUAUAACCACAAGGAAUUAGAGCUGGUGGAAUUAUUAACUUCUAAUGGUGGACUAGAUCCUCAGAUGGUGUAAACUGACAUAGGUCCAUUGAAGUCAAUAGGGGCAAAUGGCUUUACAGCAAAGGAGGCUCUGUCCCAGUGAUUCUUGAACAAGUUAGCUCUGUUCCUCUUUGCUAAACAUUUGCAUCCUGAUCCUGAUUGCUGGUAACAUAUUGCUAUGUGUAAGUUCUUCCUGAAUAGGUUUUGUAAGCAAACUGCAGCCCAUGUGUUUCUCAUAAGCUGUUUACGCUGAGUCUGUUCUCCACUGCUUUGUACCUUGUGUACUCGUUUAACUCUGGGCGAAAUUAUUGGAAAGAGGCUGCCCUGACAGAUCUUGAGCUAUGGCCAGGGAGCGUUUCCAGAUGCUCAGGAUGGGGAAGCAGGGAACAAAGAUGCCUUUAAGCUACUUUCACAUCUCCUGAUCCUGGAGCAGUCUGUGUAUUGGUUGGGUCCUACACACAAAGUUAACUUGCACUAGUUGCUAACAACCCUAAGGAGCUGUUCUGACAGCAAAGGAUUGCUGAGGUCCAGGGACUCCAUUAUCAUACUUCCUUUCCCCCCACAUUGAAUGCUACACUACUUUCUUUGGGUUAUUCAUUGUGACAGAAUGGCCCUAUGGACAGUUGGAUGUCCUAAACUGCUCUAAUUUACAGUAGAGACUGGCCAAGCACCAGGACAGGAUCAUGGGGGCAUAAAGGUUGCUUGAAGCCAAUAAGAUACUUUUACCCCUUCUCCUCUUGAGCUGAACCAAGCACAGCUCUACCAUAGCUCAUGCUAUGACCCCAAGUCCCACACAAAUAGUCUUUUUGUGCCAGAGUCUAAGGGUGAAAUUCCAGCCCCUUUGAAGUCAUUGGCAAAACUCCCGUUGACUUCAAUAGGGUAAGGAUUUCGCCCUAAAAUUUUGGCUUGAUGUCUAUUGCCAGCAAGUCAAAUUUUCCUGGCUUAGUGUCUGUUGCAGCUGUGGUCCAGAAUGCCAUCCCAUGAUUUAAAAUCUUAGGGCCCAAUCCUACAUAGACAUAAGUAGCUUUAGUCCCAUUGGUCUCAAUGCAAGAUUGAGAUGUUAGGCAAUAUUCACCAUCUAGCCUGCACUUGGAGUAUGAUCAGCAGUUAUUUUGCUCAGGGCACUGUUUACAGAGAUUCUAAAUUGAUGUACUGAAAACAGUAAGUUAAUUAUAUGUUUGUACUUGAGUUACCGAUAAGCUCUCCAUUUCUCCUUGUUAAGCCACAUACUGAAUAUGCAUUUAUGACAAAUGUUUCCAAGCCUUACAAGUGGAAAAUAAAGCUCACCAUGUAAUGAA